AUAUAUUUUAUCAUAAUUUGAAUUGUUUUGCUUAAAAAAAAGACUUUUUGAUAAAAUUAUCUUUCCGUCUCUUACAAAAUAAAUCAAUGUUCAGAUCAUGCGUGUAUUUUAUAUAGAUUAGAUACUUUUCACUUUAACUCUUAAUAAUAGAAAAUAAUUUUUUUUACAUUUAAUUAUUACAAUUAAAAUAUUUAACUUUAAAUUGACAAAAAUUCAAAAUAUUGACUUUAGUCCAUUAAAGUUUAACCACCGAAGUACUGUUUAUAUUUUUAAGUUUUUUACCCACAACCGAAACAAAACCGGCAAGCGAGCUACACCUUAUACUCAUACAAAGGCAACAAAAAGAAGCGAACGGUCCAAAAACCGGGUGAUUGCGUGGUCUUUCAUAACCCUCACAAAACCGCACGGUGGGUCCCUCUUUUUCCCCCUCUGCUUUUUCUCCAACUCCAACGGAAGAAAAUCAAUCAAAAUGUAAUCCGAAGAAAACUGUAAUUAAACCAUGGAGGAAGUCUCAACUGGCACCGAGCCUCGAGUGCCGGCGGUGAAGCCGGACUGUAAACCGUCUUCCUUCGAGGAAGUUCCGCCGCUGCUCGAUGCAGCCACUGACGUCACCGCCGCCGCUGCUGUUGAAGUUGCGGAGGUGGACAAGGACUUAUUGUGUCCGAUUUGUAUGCAGAUAAUUAACGACGCCUUUCUAACGUCUUGCGGCCACAGCUUUUGCUACAUGUGUAUUACUACUCAUCUUCGAAACAAGAGCGAUUGCCCUUGUUGCUCUCAAUUUCUCACUAAUAGUCAGCUUUUCCCUAACUUUUUGCUCGAUAAGCUAUUGAAGAAGACUUCAGCUCGUCAAAUAUCAAAAACUGCAUCCCCUGUGGAACAGUUUCGUCAGGCAUUACAGCAGGGUUAUGAAGUUUCAAUUAAGGAACUGGACAACCUCUUGUCCCUCCUUGCAGAGAAGAAGAGAAAAAUGGAACAGGAAGAAGCUGAGAGAAAUAUGCAAAUACUGCUGGAUUUCUUAAACUGCUUGCGGAAACAAAAAGUUGAUGAACUGAAUGAGGUACAAUCUGAUCUGCAGUUUAUUAAAGAGGACAUAAAUUCUGUGGAAAGACAUAGAAUAGAUUUGUACCGUGCAAGAGAUAGGUACUCUGUGAAAUUGCGGAUGCUUGGAGAUGAUCCUGGCACAGGAAAGCCAUGGCCUUCAUCCAUAGACAAGAACAGUAGUGGAAUUGUCUCUAGUUCCCUUAAUGUCAGAGGAUGGAUGUCUGCAGGGAAUCUUCAAAACAAGAAAAUAGAUGGAAAGGCUCAGGUGAGUGGCCAUGGACCUCAGAGAAAAGAUGCCUUAAGUGGAGCAGACUCACAAGGUUUCAAUCAAUCUGGUCUGUCUGUUGCAAGAAAAAAGCGGGUUCAUGCCCAGUUCAAUGAUCUACAAGAGUGUUACCUGCAAAAGCGACGUCAGUUGGCAAACCAACUACUUGUUAAACAGGACAGUGAUAAAAAUGUCAUUCACAGAGAGGGUUAUAAUGCAGGUCUUGCAGAUUUUCAGUCAGUGCUGAGUACUUUUACUCGGUACAGUCGACUUAGAGUCAUUGCUGAACUGAGGCUUGGGGAUAUCUUUCAUUCAGCCAAUAUAGUAUCAAGCUGUGUAUUUUUAACAGAAUUAUUCAUCAAUAAUAGAGUGGAUCAUUACAAAAUUGAUUGCAAUCAUUCUAUUGGCAAGGAUCUGUUCAAAGUUCUAAUAGGCUGUGAACAAGAUUAAAAUAUUAUCAAGGCAUAAGAAGUUAUACUUUUCUUUUUUCCUUGGUUCUGGUCAGAGGCCAAAAGUAUUGUGAUUGAUCUGGCAGAAAAACUAAAAAGUGAAGGUGCAUCAUUAAUUUCUUCACUCUCAUUCCAAGUUCAAAGUAUGAUUUCUGUAUCUAUGAAUCCCUUAUGUUACAUGUUUUCUUCUUCAUACAGUUAGAAAUAGGAUUACAGUUACUGGGGGUUAUGUUUUGUAUAUAUAAGUUCAAAGUUAUCCCUCUCUGAUAAAAAAUGAUCUUAAGAUCCUGAACUGAUCUUGGAUAGGGAUCACAAAUCCCAAGUUUGUUUAUAAAGAGCAGAUUUUUAAUUGUAUUAAGUCUGCAUCUCCUCUGCAUGAUACUAAGUGAUAGGCCCUCAUUGGCUGCUGACCCAAGAACUUGUCCGUCAGAAGUUUGAAAUCCAUGACCGUGGACCAGAAUCCAAACUUGUAUAAAGUAACUAUGUCUACAAAGAGCAGGCAGUAAUCCAUGCUACCUCUUGUUAUACUUUAGGAAAUUGAUGAGCAAUAAUCUUAAGUACUAUUUUUGUGAUUGCCCA